AUGCAUGCGGCAACCCACUCUCUUCCUCUUUCCACCCCUUUUCAGUCUGAGUGUUCUAUUGCUACUACCGUAGCCUUAGUCACUCACUGAGACUUACCUUAAAGACCACUGUAUUUGGGUCAUAUACCAGUAGUUGUCCACUUGGCCGUCCAUCCUCCUUGUCAAAACCAAUUGACUCGUCAUGAUGAAUUCGGAAGAACAUAGGCCAGUGCCCGCACCCAGUGCCAUCCCUCACCCAAAUGGGGAUCCUCGCCGAGUCUUACUCGUAAUGGACGUCCAGAAGUUCAUGUUGUCACCACCUCCGCUCGGAGUACCCGCCUCAGCAGUCGUCGGACCUAACAUUGCCAGGAUCCUCGCUCAAGCACGUAAUGCAGCCCAUCCACCGCGAGUCAUCUUCGUCCGUAACCACGGGGAUCGCGGCGAACCCGAUGAGCCAAAUACCCAAGGUUGGCAACUCGUUCAUGAUCCACUUCCACACGAAUUCGUCAUCGACAAACGGAAGAACAACGCCUUUGCUGGUACUGCUCUUGCUGAACUCAUCCCUGCUGAUGCAGAGAUCGUCAUGAUCGGCAUGCAGAGUGAUUUCUGCAUUCGAGCUACCUGCAGUUCGGCACUGGAACGUGGAAAUGAUGUGCUCUUGAUUAAGGGUGCGCAUGCGACCUUUGAUAGGUUGGAGGUUUGGGGUUCUGGUGCCGUCACGCCAGCGGCGCAGGUAGAAAAGGAGAUCGAGUCCGAAUUGGAGGAGGCGGGUGUUAUUUUGCUCGAGAUGAAGGACCUGCCGAGUAUCUUUGACAACCGGUAAUCGGUUCUCUACCUCUCGAACUCUUGAUGUUUUCGUGUCCCGUUCGUUCGUUUGCGAUUGUUUUCUUGGAUCAGAACAUCGCGGCAUAUUAUGCCUACCAAAUUUUCGGAUGGCUUGAAGCCCCAUAUCUUGACAGGUCAGAUUUGACUUUGCAUCGUUGAGAUAGUAGUGUAUAUAAUAUAACAUCAAAUGUAGUAGUAUAGCGGUACGAAUUAGAAGCUACAGAGGGGUGGGGUAUCAAGCAGAGUUUCGAGGUAUACGGUU